AAGACAUAGGGCGCAAGCGCGGCGCUGUCGUCAUAGCGGAGAGGGUGCAGCCCGAUGCAGAGAGGGUUGGGAUGGCGCAUUACAAGGCCGCGGACUCUAAGCGAGAGCAGUUCCGCCGCUACCUGGAGAAAUCCGGGGUGCUGGACACGCUCACCAAAGUGUUGGUAGCCCUAUAUGAAGAGCCAGAGAAACCAAAUAGUGCACUGGACUUUCUGAAGCAUCAUAUAGGAGCCGCAGCUCCAGAAAAUCCAGAAGUAGAGGCCCUUCGCCUGGAAGUGGCAGAGAUGAAAGAAAAAUAUGAAGCUGUGUUAGAAGAAAACAAAAAACUAAAAGCAAAGCUGUCUCAGUAUGAACCACCUCCAGAAGAGAAGCAUGGUGAAUAGGAAUACUUUCACCUUUUGGUUACUUAACUGAAUAAAGGGCUUCAUCAGAA